AUGGAAUCUAGGAGAAGGGGAUGGAAUCUGGGAGAAGGAGAUGGAAUCUGGGAGAAGGGGAUGGAAUCUGGGAGAAGGGGAUGGAAUCUAGGAGAAGGGGAUGGAAUCAGGGAGAAGGGGAUGGAAUAUGGGAGAAGGGGAUGGAAUCUGGGAGAAGGGGAUGGAAUCGGAGAGAAGGGGAUGGAAUAUGGGAGAAGGGGAUGGAAUCUGGGAGAAGGGGAUGGAAUCUGGGAGAAGGGGAUGGAAUCUGGGAGAAGGGGAUGGAAUCUAGGAGAAGGGGAUGGAAUCUGGGAUGGAAUCAGGGAGAAGGCGAUGGAAUGUGGGAGAAGGGGAUGGAAUGUGGGAGAAGGGGAUGGAAUCGGGGAGAAGGGGAUGGAAUCAGGGAGAAGGCGAUGGAAUGUGGGAGAAGGGGAUGGAAUCUGGGAGAAGGGGAUGGAAUCUGGGAGAAGGAGAUGGAAUGAGGGAGAAGAGGAUGGAAUCUGGGAGAAGGGGAUGGAAUCUGGAAGAAGGGGAUGGAAUCUGGGAGAAGGGAAUGGAAUAUGGGAGAAGGGGAUGGAAUCUGGGAGAAGGGGAUGGAAUCUGGGAGAAGGGGAUGGAAUUAGGGAGAAGGGGAUGGAAGCUGGAGAAGGGAUGGAAUCUGGGAGAAGGGGAUGGAAUCUGGGAGAAGGGGAUGGAAUCUGGGAGAAGGGGAUGGAAUCUGGGAGAAGGGGCUGGAAUCUGGGAGAAGGGGAUGGAAUCGGGGAGAAGGGGAUGGAAUCUGGGAGAAGGGGAUGGAAUCUGGGAGAAGGGGAUGGAAUCUGGGAGAAGGGGAUGGAAUCUGGGAGAAGGGGAUGGAAUCAGGGAGAAGGGGAUGGAAUAUGGGAGAAGGGGAUGGAAUCUGGGAGAAGGGGAUGGAAUCGGAGAGAAGGGGAUGGAAUAUGGGAGAAGGGGAUGGAAUCUGGGAGAAGGGGAUGGAACCUGGGAGAAGGAGAUGGAAUGAGGGAGAAGGGGAUGGAAUCUUGGACAAGGGGAUGGAAUCUGGGAGAAGGGGAUGGAAUCUGGGAGAAGGGGAUGGAAUCUGGGAGAAGGGGAUCGAAUCAGAGAGAAGGGGAUGGAAUCAGGGAGAAGGGAUGGAAUCUGGGAGAAGGGAUGGAAUCUGGGAGAAGGGGAUGGAAUCUGGGAGAAGGGGAUGGAAUCUGGGAGAAGGGGAUGGAAUCUGGGAGAAGGGGAUGGAAUUUGGGAGAAGGGGAUGGAAUCUGGGAGAAGGGGAUGGAAUCUGGAAGAAGGGGAUGGAAUCUGAGAAAAGGGGAUGGAAUCUGGGAGAAGGGGAUGGAAUAUGGGAGAAGGGGAUGGAAUCUGGGAGAAGGGGAUGGAAUCUGGGAGAAGGGGAUCGAAUCAGGGAGAAGGGGAUGGAAUCUGGGAGAAGGGGAUGGAAUCUGCGAGAAGGGGAUGGAAUAUGGGAGAAGGGGAUGGAAUUUGUCAGAAGGGGAUGGAAUUUGGGAGAAGGGGAUGGAAUCUGGAAGAAGGGGGUGGAAUCUGGGAGAAGGAGAUGGAAUGAGGGAGAAGGGGAUGGAAUCUGGGAGAAGGGGAUGGAAUCUGGGAGAAGGGAUGGAAUCUGGGAGAAGGGGAUGGAGUCUGGGAGGGCGGGAUGGAAUCUGGGAGAAGGGGAUAGAAUGA